CGUCGAUUUCCCUCAUCCUUGCGCGGCGAUAUGUAAGGAGACUGCCAGCUGGCAUGGCGGGGCAUAGCUGUAACUUUCCUGCUUUUUUGAAGAAGAGAAAUGGCGGCUUGGCACUGGGCCUUCACUUCCGAAGUUGGUGCAGGCGCCGUUGCAAAAAGCUGGUGAUGAGAUGCUGCUUUAAAGAGUGAAUGCCAGCUAAAAAGGGUGCAGAGCUUGUGAUUGCGCUGAUGACUGCAAAUCUCCAUUUUAUGUGUAGCUCAGCCUCCGAGUCCGCCUGUGGUAUUCCAGCGGGAGACACCUAGAAUGUAAGAGCAUUUAAGGAAUUUGAGUUCAUGGGAAGCUCAAGCAGGCAUCCUGGCAAAACAUCAGGAAGAAUCGACUGAUCAUCCGUGCUUACUUGCAUUGAAAGACGGCAGGGUGUGUUGGAGGAGGGAGACGCAUACAACCAUGCCAGGAAUGAAUGCAUCUGUGAAGUUCCGGGAUGGCCAGCGACCUCUAUUUAAGCUCAAAAUGCCCAUGACCAUGUUCGGCGUUCCACUGCAAUCGGGGGUCACGGUCGGCGAUGGCGAAGACUUUGGCUUCCAUCUAGGUACUGCUUUUGCAUUCGGCCCGACGUGGAGGGUGAAGUACAACCCCAACGAUGGGAACCCUCCUGCGCUUGAGAUCAAGACGGGCUUAGGUCGCUGGGGGUCGAACAAGAACGCCGCUCUUCAGGUCUCUGCGGAGUGGGACUUGGCCGAUAUGAGGGGGGGCGGCAAUGGCCGCUUCAUGCUGAGAGUGAAACCAAGACUUGGGGACUUCUCCUUACGACACCAAAGCAUCUCGGGGUACAGCGGCGAACCUGAAGAGGAGAAGGAAGCCGGAGCAGAGGCCAGGCCGCACAGCGAGGCGAGGCAAGACGCCAGCCCAGACUCUCCCGCGUCAAGAACGGGCUCAGAGAACGGGAACGCGUCGGAGGACAGUCUGGUCGUCGUGGAUGGGGCGGACUCGUCGUCCGCAAUGGAGGCGCGAGAGGGGCCACCGGCGAAGCAAGGAGUGCAGCGGUCGAUUGGCGCCAUGCGGCGAGGCGCCUGGUACCUGAACGUGCACAGUAGACUGCCCCUCGGCAGCAAGGCGAACGCCCGCGUGCGGUGGGCUGUCAAAGUGCCCAAUGAGAUGUUCUCGUCUCCAGCUCGAGGAUUUGGCGCGCUCGACCUGAACCACCGCCCGACGCUGGUGCUCGAGAAGCUGAGCAUCGAGACGCGCGAGCGGCGCAGCCUGUCGUUCCAGAAGAACAUCUACGAGCACCGCCCGCACCCGCGGCGGCCGCGACGGGAGGCGCUGCCGGCGCCGGACACGGACAGGGAGCUGAACGUGCUCAAGGAGGACCUGGCGCGGGUCAAGUCAACAACGUCCAACUCCCGGAGCAUCCAGAAACUAGAGUCGGAGAACUUUGACCUGCGGAGCGCGCUCGACGACCUCAAGGCGCAAUUCGCCAGGGGGAAGCCGCGCGGGGGGCCCACUUCGUCGCCUGCUUCCGUGAUUUUGCGCGAGGAGGCGAUGCUGCGCUCCCAGCUGAAGCACCUGGAGGAGGAGGAGGAGCGGGGCCGGCGGGAGCGGCCGCGGCAGCAGGAGCCGCGGCGGGUGCAGGAGGAGCGCGAAGACGACGGGGACGAGCCUGCGCAGGACGAUUCUGAUAUCAGUGCGAAACUGCGACAGGCGUUGAUGCAACGAGGAAGUCGCCGGUGAUCAGACAAGAUCUGAUGCAAAAGUUGUGGCCAGACAACGGGCAAGUGUCGUGUAUAUAUUCUUGAAUGUUUGUGGUGGUUCAGUCCACGCGGUUCCGAGGUUUGAGCAAGGGAAUCUGCUUUCGAGAACCCUUUCAAACAUUUUUAAGCGUCUCAUUGAAGGUAUCUCUCCAGAAGGCGUAUCCUCAACGUUUGGCCGUGCUUUUCCGUUCGAAAGUUGUGAGGGCGACAUUCAAAACAAUACUAUUCAUGAGUCAUGGCAUAUGUCAAUAUGGUACUACUUAUUGCGAGCUGAGG